AUGAGAGGAAAGGAAAAAGGCCGCGGUGGCAGCAACGCCAGAGGUGAAAAGCCGCAGCGGCGGCAGGGGAGGAGAAGUACACCGCAAGAACAGCAAUUUGCUGUAGCGAUGAGAGGAAAGGAAAAAGGCCGCGGUGGCAGCAACGCCAGAGGUGAAAAGCCGCAGCGGCGGCAGGGGAGGGAAAUGCACCGCAAGAACAGCAAUUUGCUGUAA